GGCAUGCCGGGGGAGGAGCCUGCUGUUGCCCCAGCAACAACCGAAGGCGCCCCAGAGAAGCGCGGCUGCGUAGUACUGCUCCUCAAAUCUCUCGCUGCAACAAAGGCCUUGGGAGAGGCGUGAGCCAGUCCUGGUCGGCGCCCGUGGAGAAGAAGACAGGUCAGGCCCAUGAGCUACAAUUUCCACAGCCGUUUUCGCCUCUCCUAAUGGUUAAAAGCACUGAGGGCCAUGGCUGAGGUGCACGUGAUCGGGCAGAUCAUAGGGGCCACCGGUUUCUCUGAAAGUAGCCUCUUCUGCAAGUGGGGGAUCCACACAGGGGCAGCAUGGAAACUCCUGUCGGGUGUUCGGGAGGGCCAGACACAGGUGGACACGCCUCAGGUGGGGGACAUGGCCUACUGGUCCCACCCCAUCGACCUGCACUUCGCUACCAAAGGUCUCCAAGGUUGGCCCCGGCUUCAUCUCCAGGUGUGGUCCCAGGAUAGCUUCGGCCGCUGCCAGCUCGAAGGCUAUGGCUUUUGCCAUGUGCCCAGCAGCCCAGGCACCCACCAGCUGGACUGCUCCACAUGGCGGCCGCUAGGCAGCUGGCGGGAGCAGCUGGCCAGGGCCUUUGUGGGUGGCGGGCCGCAGCUGCUGCAUGCAGACACCAUCUACAGUGGGGCUGACCGCUACCGCCUGCACACAGCCGCGGGUGGCACCGUGCGCCUUGAGCUUAGCCUGCUGCUUCGUCACUUUGACCGCUAUGGUGUCGAGUGCUGAGGGAUCCCGCCUCCAGCGGUCGGCCCUCAUCCACAGCCCUGGCCAUUCGGUGCGGGUGGGAUGGCAAGCAGUCAAGAUCAUGGGCCCUGGAUGGUCAGCCCUGAUCCCAGCCAGGCAUUGCCCUGUCAGUCCUUGCAAGGACCUCAUGCCCAUAAGGCCCCUGGAGUCCCAGUUCCUCAUGUGUCACAUGGGGUACUAAGUGUGGGUCACAGGGGUGGGAGGAAAAUGCUGUUUAGCACGAGGGAAGUGCUUAAUAAAAGUGAGUGAUUCUUAA